CUGGAGAGAUGGUUUCUUUAAAAUGAGUAAGAAAGGCGAAGAAAGAAAGGAAAAAGAAAGAGCAUUCCUUGAGAAUGGAAGCAAGGUACUGGAGAAGUUAAUUGUCUCUUGCAAUGGGAAGCCUAUUCCCAUCCGGAGCUUCACAGUUCAACAGCUCCACCAAGCAACCAACAACUAUCAUAAUCAUCUGGGAACGUAUUGGUUCAAGGGUUCUCUUGAAGGACGACUUGUUCUUGUUAAACGAUUUCCUGACUCGAAAUUUUUGGCCGAUUUUGUAAUCAAUGAUUUAGUAAUCUCUGCACAGAUGAGUGCUCACGCUAAUGUGUUAAAACUCAUAGGGUGUUGUCUCGAGACUACAUCUCCCAUUUUAGUGUAUGAAUUUGCUGCCAAUGGCCUUCUUGCAGAUCGAAUUUAUUCCUCUCAUGUUAUUGAACGACAACAUCAAUUCAUGGCAUGGGAAAGAAGGUUAAAAAUUGCAAGGCAGAUUGCUUAUGCAAUUUCCUAUCUCCAUAUUGGGUUCUCAAGACCUGUCAUCCACAUGGCUAUAGAUAUGGAAAGUAUCUUAUUAGAUGAAAAUGAUGUUCCCAAAUUGUCCAACUUUUUGGUUUCCGUUUCAAUUCCUGAGGGUGAAACUGAGGUAGAAGCUGCUGGCGACUUCUGGUCUUUGAAGUUCAAAACCCCCGAGAUUGAAGCAACAGAUUCUAGCUUAACAGCAUACAUCCGUAACCAUGCUCAAGGUCGAUGCAUAAGCAAGAUUAUGGAUCCUACAAUUUUGGCAGAGCAGCAAUUACAAGCUGUGCUGGACCUCACCUUGAGAUGUACAGAGGAUGAUCCACAGAGAAGGCCAACUAUGGUAGAUGUCACCAAAGAACUAAGGCGGAUUGAGAGGUUUGUGCCAUAUGAUUAA